UACACUUAUUAAAUUUGUGAGUGUAGUUGUAAGUAAUUUUACAAACGCUUAUUUAAGUUUAUGAAAUUGUGCUUGUUUUAUGCGAGGUAGUAAAGUAAAUUUUAAAUAUUGAUAGCCACUGCCAGAUCUUGUGAUUUUAUCGCUUACUGAAAACUGAAUAACAACCCUAACCACGUUCUUGAAACUCUUUAUUGCUACAAUGGUUCAGAAAGGGCCUCGUCCUCUGGUACUGUGCGGACCUUCAGGCUCAGGCAAGAGCACGUUGUUGAAGCGGCUGCUGAAAGAAUUUCCCGACAAGUUUGGCUUCAGUGUCUCCCAUACAACAAGAGCACCACGGGCUGGUGAAAAAAACGGAGUGCAUUAUCAUUUCACUAACCUAAACGAUAUGUCAACUGCUAUUGAAAAAGGUGAAUUUAUAGAAACUGCAAUUUUCAGUGGAAACAUUUAUGGAACAAGCAAGAAAGCAGUAGAUGAUGUACGUCGUACUGGCAAAAUAUGUGUACUGGAUAUUGAAAUGGAAGGGGUGAAGCAAAUCAAACGCACAGACCUGGAUCCCCUGUUGGUCUUUGUGAUGCCACCAUCUAUAGAUGAACUGGAACGAAGACUCCGCGCCCGUAAUACGGAACAAGAAGAUAGCUUGAAAAAGAGAUUGGAAACGGCACGAAGAGAGAUUAAAUUUGGUCAAGAACCGGGAAACUUCAAUAUCAUCAUUUUGAAUGAUAAUUUGGACAAAGCCUAUAAUGAGCUGCGUGAUUUUAUUACACAAAAUAUUGAAGACAAUGAUCAAGAUGACACCAAUGAGAAAACUACAGACAAGAAGUGAACACUGCAUGGAGCAUGAUCUUUACUUAAUUAACUGCUAUUUAGAAAUUGGUGUUAGAUGAUGUUGUAGAUUAGAAUUUAUGUGAACCUUAAUAAUCUAAAAAAUAAUUUAUUGAUCAAUUUGAUGAUUUAAAAUUUAAAAUUAAUAUAGUAAUGUAGUGUGACGUAAUGCCCCAAAAAUAGAAUAAGUCAACUGGACAGGAAUGUUCUGAAACUACCUCCUUAUAAUAUUACAAUCUUUAAAUAUAAUAGUCAAUUUAUAUAAUAGUUCAUUUAAGAAUGUAGCCUGAUCAUUGCGCCACCAUAUCAUAUUUAAAUGAAAUGGAUAAAAACAUGCAUAAUAAAGAAAAGGGCGGAAUAUAAUAAAAAAACUUAACAAAGCAAAUCUUACAAUUUGUGCCAUUAACCUUGGAGUUCAUUCGCUGUAUUGUGAGUGAGAAUAAUAAUUUACCUAAUUUGAUAUUAAUAAAAUUAUCUCUUAAAACCUAAAAUAAUAAAGUUUCAAUAAAUAAUCUGUUUAAUGUUGCCAGAAUGUUUUAUAACUGCACAUUAAGAAAGUAACAAAUCGUCUUGAUCUGGGGCUUAAGGUCUUCUACAAAACAAGCAUAUUCUCAGAGACGUGCAGACUGGAAUAUCCUACGCAAUCGUGGUAUCACAAGAAUGAUCACCUUUAAACCUUUCAUCUAUCGCCGUCAUAAAAAAGUCCAUAAAUGGUGAUAAUAAACAAGUAGAAGGCAACAUUCGUAUGAUUGCAACAAGAAAAGUAGCUGGUAUUUUCGCCUUGCUUAUUGGAAGAACUCUAGAACUUAGCACAGGAUUUUGUGGCGCACUCAUAAAACCAUGAAAAACACCUAAAAAAUUUAAUUUGUAAACGUGUCACAAUUCAACAAUAGAAUGUUCUUACAUUAUUGUUUCACUUUCUAUAAAGUUUAAAUUUAUUGUCACAGUACCACCAGGCUGGUUUGCAUUUUCAUUAGUUUUAUUGUUAAGCAAUUUAUAUAUAUAAAUGAUAUCUGUUCACUCAGAUACAAAAAAAACCUUUAAUCCACAGAUUAGUUUACUGUGUUUUUGUUUAAAGAUAUUAAAUAUCGAAAUAGUAGUACUUUAAAUAGAAGUGUACCAUCAUGUUGUUUUAAGUAUUAGAUAUUAUAAUUAUAUACAAUUGUUUGGUUAUUUAAGGUUUGGCCUGCUAUAAAUGUUGAUUUAUUGACUUAACGAUUGCUUACUGUACUCUUAUAGACUUAUCAACUCUUUUUUCCCAUCGCGCCGGAAGCCCAUCCCAACUAUCCAAACCCACUGCUGGCUGUUGCCACCCUAGGUCUCGAAUGAACUCCCCUAAACAUAUUUUCCUGUGCAGUAUGUCAAGUCAUUCUUUGAAGGGUUCCCAACGAUAGGCAACAGCUUGAUUGUCUCUCACUGUCACUCACUCCUCUCUGUUGCUGAGUAUGAGCGACAGUGGCCACUCACCACAAAAUGGGCCACAUACUCGAAAAAAAACCUGAACAAGUGCCAAAUUCCCGAGUAUUUAAUAAUAGUAUUUAUUGAAUAUUGAUGCAAAACCAUUGUUUUUCUUAAUAUUUUAUGUAUUCAGAAUUUAGCAUCAAUAUCAAAAAAGUUCAGUACUUAGAAAAUAUAGAAUUAAGGUUAUGAAAUGUGAACAUAUUGCAUAAUAUUAUUCUUGUAAACGCUAAUAUGUAAUCUUCGUAGAAUUUUAGCUAUUUAUGAAUUAUUAUAUCACGCUGAUAUUUGUGCAUUUUGUGUAUUUAAAAUGCUUGUUAUUCUAAUCAACAUCAAGUCGCCUCCAUUUCGGUGUUUAUUUUAAAAACCAUUCCAUUGUAAUCUUCGCGAAAGUAUACUUGUAUAUUACUAAGACUUGUGAUUGCUAAGAUUUUUUUAAAUUAGUUUCUGCAGUGUUAUUAGCUGUAAAAAAAUUUAAACCAUAGUAAU